AUGGCUAUAUUUAAACAGGCACCUGCAUGGGUUUCCGAAACCGAGGAUUAUACGUAUUAUUUAUCGGUGAAUCCGACAAAAGAUGAAGUUGGUCUCUAUAAGGUAUUCCCAGAGGGUGAAGAUGAAGAUGAGAAUUCCAUUCAAAAACUAAACACUUUAAAAGAUUUUAGGAGUAUUUCUUGUCUAGAUUAUUCAAAAAUAAACACUGGUAUGACAUGUACUGGAGAAAAAAAUGGGAUUGUUAAAGUAUUUAAUGUUUUCAAUAACAGCAUUAACAAUAAUACUUAUUUAGACGGCAGCAAUAAUCAUAUAAAUCAUUUUGAUAAAGAUUCAGAUAGUUUAACUUCCGAGAUUAAUGAUUUCAUUUUGGAUUCUUCUUUAACACAGGAAAUAGUGGUUAGAGCGAAGCAACAGAGAAGUAUUACUGAUGUAAGUUUUAGUGAUACUGGCAACCUAAUUGCUAUGGGAUUAGAAAAACAUAAGCACGAUUACUCUUUACAAAUUUGGGAUGUGAAUUAUCAAAGCACAGAGAAUAAUGUGGUUAACACCUCUUUCCAAUAUUUUCCCAAUGAAUCCAUCCUAUCUUUAAAAUUUAUUGGAGAUACCAAUCUAUUGUGCAGUUCUUUGAAAUUUUUAAGGGAAAUCGAUUUGAGAUCGCCAAAACCAGUUUUCCAAAUUCCAAUAUCAGUAAUUCACAGUAUUAACAUUAAUCCGUUUAAUCCUUUAAUUUUUGCUACACGUGGUGAUGAUGGCACCUCAGCUAUUUGGGAUAGACGUAAAUUGAACUUUAAAAAAUCAACAAUACCAUUACUUAAAUUUGAUAAAAUAUUGCCAUCGGCAACCAAUACUUUUGGAGAAGAUAAUACAGUUGAGUCAAGAAAUAAUACCAAUAGAGAUACAACUACCAGUAAAAGUGCUAAAGUGAAAAAAACUUCGAGUUCCUUAUUUCGUUGGUCCGCUUUGAGAGAAGAAGAAUUUUCUACAUUACACAAUGGUACUUUUAUUAAACGUUGGAGGUUAGGAUACGUUCCAUCUACAGAAAAUGCCACUUACGAGUCGUUAUUUGUUUCUACAGUCAACGAUGUUUUUCUACCGUUUGACCGAGUUUCGGCUUUUGAUUAUAUUCCCAGGGCUAAUAAUAAAACUAGUUACAUAUGCAUGCGACAAUCAGGAACUGUGUAUCGUUGUUCUGUUGAUGAAAGUUGUUCUUUCAAUACAUUUAACUCGUUGAACGAUUUGAUGGUUGUUGAUUUUGACAAACCUGACAUGACUGAAUUGAGGAUUGGAGAUUAUAAUGAAAAGAAGACUUUAGAACAAGCAAAUAGUUUAAAACUAAAUGAUAUUUCUUUUGAUGAUUUGGAUAAUUCUGAUCUUGUUUAUUCAGAUCGUGGUUCGCAUAUAGAUGCAGCUGGGAGAAGGGCACACAAUAGAAGAAAAUCGAGUGUUGUAAACAAAGAUGGUGAUGAAUCGGCAACUAGCAAUGUUAAUAGCCGUAAAGCUGAGGAACAGGAUUAUUUUGCCGAUAGUGCUGAAAGUGACGUGGAUUAUGUGUUAACGCGUGAUGAUUUAUAUUUAGUGUCUGCGGAAACUUUAUUGACCAACGAUAUCAGUAUGUUAAUAAGAGAAAGAGCUAUACUUGGGUACGGUUUAGAUCCGAUGAAAUCUGUUUUAUUGAUAGACAACAUGAAGUCUUUGCAAAACAAUGCGUAUAUUAGAAACACCUGGAGAUGGUUAGCUAUUGCGAAAAAUUCAGUUGAUGAUGAGACCAUUAUUUCACAAAAGUUGGAUCUUGGUUAUGAAGGCGUAUUAGGCAUUUGGAAUGGGUUAGAUGGACUGAGUAAACAAAAUAGAUGCAAGCAUAACGUUACUUUGACUGAGAAAGAAUUAAAUAUAGAGUUGGAAAAAAUUAUAAAAAAAAGAAGGAAAAAUGGAAGAGGCGUUAGCGAGGAUGUAAUAAGUUAUGCGUUGAAAAGUAGUGCUAAAGCGGUUCAACGGAAAUUAUGUUUAAUAGUUUCUGGAUGGGAUCUUUCUGAAUCUGAAAUCGAAGAAAAGUAUGUAAACUUGGUUAAGGCUAAUCAGUAUGAAAAGGCCGCCGGCUGGGCUGUUUUUUUUGGUGAUAUACCAAAAGCCAUUGAAAUUUUAAGUAACGCAAAAAGGGAAAGAUUAAGAUUAAUUGCUACAGCUGUUGCAGGGUAUUUGGCUUACAAGGAUGACAUAGCAAAUAACACUUGGAGAGAGCAAUGUAGAAAGAUGGCCUCGGAAUUAGAUGAUCCGUAUUUAAGGGCAAUUUUUGCCUAUAUAGCAGAUAACGAUUGGUGGGAUAUUUUGUAUGACUCGUCGAUUUCUCUAAGGGAAAGGCUAGGCGUGGCCUUAAGAUUUUUAUCAGAUAGAGAUUUAUCGAUGUUUUUGAACAAGAUUGCAUCUACAGUGAUUUCUAAUGGGGAAUUGGAAGGUUUAAUCUUAACCGGUUUGACACCGAGCGGAAUUGAUUUGUUGCAAUCGUAUGUGGAUAAAACAAGUGAUGUACAGACAGCGGCUUUAAUCUCAGUUUAUGGGUCGCCGCGUUAUUUUUAUGAUCCAAGAGCUGAUAAAUGGGUUCAAAUAUACAAAGAUAUGUUAAAUUCUUGGGAACUAUUCACGAUCAGGUCUAAAUUUGACAUUUUAAGAACCAAGCUAUCCAGAACAAGAAAUGGGGAAAUAACUACCAAAAUGUUUCCGCGCCAGUUAUAUAUUCAAUGUUUCAAUUGUAAGCAUAAUAUUAAUAAGCCUAGGAACAAGGUAGGAACUGUUGCAAAAAAGAAAAGGAAUGGUGAUGACAGUGUAAAGAAUGCAUCCAUUAUAGAUGCUACCGCCUCAGCAACAGCUUCUGCUCAAUUAACAUCAUCCUGCUCUUCAUCCGCUUUGACCAUAGCUGCUGCUAUACCUAAUAAUGCGACUACCGCCGCAACAUUAUCCACAUCGCAUUCUUCUUCUUUGGCUUCCUCAUCAUCAUCAUCAUCAUCAUCAUCAUCCACUGUCGCAGGUACAGGAGUAACAUCGGUUGCUGAUUUAGAGCGUAUCCCACAAAAGUAUUCUUGUUCCCAUUGUGGUGCUCCGUUCCCUAGAUGUGCCAUCUGUUUGUUACCACUGGGUACUAGUAAUUUGCCUAUUGUAAUUGAGGGUUCUGUGGAUACGUGUAAAAUGAAGCCAACUUCUUUUAACGAUGGCAAUCGUGCUGACUUGGAUGAAAGACGAAGAUUAAAAUUGAACGAAUGGUUUAGCUUUUGUUUAAGUUGUAAUCACGGCAUGCAUGCAGGGCAUGCUGAAGAAUGGUUUGAAAGGCAUUAUAUUUGCCCGGUUCCUGGGUGUUCAUGUCAAUGUAACAAGUGA